GUGCUAUUGUAAAAAUAUAAUCAAUAUUAAUCUCUUCACCUGUUAGUGCUUUUAAAACAAGAUUUUGGUGUGUAUCACACCUUUGUGUCAACUAAUCCAAAUGUGUAACACACACCAUGCACAGUGGUACUAUUAUUUCAAUGAUACAGCUUCCCAGGUGACUUUCCCAAUCGACCAUCCAUCCCUCUCAUCGUCAAAUCUACACACAGUAUUGGCAUUCAGCUAUGCAUCUAGAACAAGGAUGAAUAAACAGCAUAUAGUGAAGUAUGCCAAAGUACAAAAAAAAACGUUCUGAAUAUAUGCACUCAUAAGAUUGUAUGAAGUGUUGUGCCUUGGAGUGUCUCCCUUGAUUAAGGCUAGGGGGCUAUCAUCUUCUUGUCCUGCAUAUCAACUUUUGGGUGAUUGUUCGCAUUUAUAUAUUUAUUUAUUACAUUCUUUAUUUUUGUAGUGCUUAGUUUAACAAACAUGCUUGCAAUAAAAUAUCAGUGAUAUAUAGGAAUGAGAACAUUAAAAUCCAAGAAUACUGCACUAUUCAUAUAUGAGAUAAAAAGAAAGAAGCACGGAGUUGCAAAACUGAACAUAUACGCACCUGCACCAAGGCACAUACCAACAUAGCAAGUUGGAAGUGUAGUUGAGCGCCCAGCCAAGAAGCAAAGAUGACCUCAACCCACACCAGAUCAGGCAGCAUUAACAUGGGGAUCAUGGAGUUGCUGUCUGCCAUCCCAGACCCAGAGCUAACUCAGAGGCAGUGUCCAACUUAGCAGAAGCUGGCCACAAUACAAGCUCAGGUAAGACCCCUGAACACAGUGCUGCAGCAGAUCGCUAGUGUGAUGUUCCCAUUCGGUGAGUAUGAGAGCAGGGAGAUGUUGUUGUCCAGGAGUCACUGAUCCAGCUUGCUGCCCAUGAGAAUCCUGGUCUGAAAAUGCCUGAGGAUGGUUCUGGAGACCAGGAUAACCUCCACCGUUCUAAGGGGGGAGGAAAGGGACACAGUGAAGUUUGCAGCUUCGAAAAAGGAACAGUGCACAUACCACGCAGAAGAUCAGCCGCAUCUCCCACCAGAGCGAACCUCCAGGCCUCAACGCUCAGCGGCUGCUACACCCUGCGGACCAGGAAUAAGUAGGUACCAAAUAGCAAGAAUAGAACUGUGAUAGGUUCCUAUGUCCCCUGGUACCAAGACAAAGCUGGAUCCAUAGGUGAGAUAUGCCAAUUAGCUUAAAAAAACAAGAAAAGCUACGGAGGUCACAAACGUUGUUUCUAUUCAGCCUUGCCCAGUCCACAUAUUUAUAUAUUUUUAUUAUUCACUGUGUCCCUGAAAAAGGCCACUGACGUGUAGGAAACGCGUAGGACUGAUUUUAAUUGAUUCAGUGUUUUUGUAUUUAUUAUUUUAUGUUAAUUUGUACACAAUAAAUCAUGUAAAAUUAGUUACUUCAUCUUUCUGCCAGCACUGAGCCACAUAAUUGGUGAAGAGGAGGACAAGAAGGUGAUAGCCCUCCAGCCUUUACCAGGGGAGGCACCCCAAGGCACAAACUUCAUACAUUAUUGUGAGUGCAUAUCUACAGCACAGAUUGUUCAUACUUCACUAUAUUCUAUUUAUUUAUCCUUGUUUUAGAUGCAUAACUGAACCUCAAUAUUGUGUGUAGUGUUAAUGUUGAGGCUGAUCAGUAGCAUGCACCACAUUAGCACAAUAUCCUCACUGAGAUACAUGAGUUUUUGGGCAAAAAGGCCAUCUGGUUGUACUUGCCACCUAGGCCAAAUCAGCCUUCUCCUGACCACACUCUUUCAUAUAUACAUAUAAAUCCACACUCUCCCAUACAUGCACGUAUAACAACGCUCUAUCAUAUAUUUAUAUACACCCUGUUCCAAAUUAUUAUGCAAAUGAUAUUUUUCUAAUUUACCUAAAUAAUUGAUGUAAAUAACAUUCAGCAUAAUUCUCAUGUUAUCAACUAUUAAGAGUACAAUUCAAAUUUUAUUGAACAAACCUCCUAAAGAUAAUAGUAUUUUUUUUAAACAUAAAAACUUACAAUGCACUGUUCCAAAUUAUUACGCACAGUAAGUUUCAAAACACUUUAUAGGUUGUAAAGAACUGGAAAUUGUCAUUUGUUGUGUUUGCAGCAUAUUUACUGAAAUCAAAAGCUAUUUCAAUCAAACUUAUAACAACAUUUUAACUUUUUAAACAUUUUAACAGGUCACGUUACAUUUUAACAUAGGACCACUUAUUUGAUAGCAGCUUCACAAGUCUUGCAUCCAUUGAACUUGUGAGUUUUUAGACCGUUUCUGCUUGAAUUUGUUUGCAAGAUGUCAGAAUAGCCACUCAGAGCUGCUGUUUCGAUGUAAACUGCCUCCCACCCUCAUAGAUCUUUUGCUUGAGGAUGCUGCAAAGGUUCUCAAUAGGAUUGAGGUCAGGGGAGGAUGGAGGCCACACCAUGGCUUUCUCUCCUUUUAUCCCCAUAGCAGCCAUUGAUGCAAAGGUAGUCUUUGCAGCAUGAGAUGGUGCAUUGUCAUGCAUGAAGAUGAUUUUAUCACGGAAAGCAUAGUUCUUCCUUCUGUACCAGGGAAGAAAGUGGUCAGUCAGAAACUCCACAUACUUUGCAGAGGUCAUCUUUACACCUUCGGGGACCCUAAAGGUGCCGACCAGCUCUCUUCCCAUGAUUCCGUCCCAAAACAUGACUCCAUGUUGCAGCCUUGUUGGAACAGGAUGGCCGUCCACCAACCAUCCACUACUCCAUCCAUCCGGACCAUCCAGGGUUUGCACGGCACUCAUCAGUGAGCAGGACUGUUUGAAAAUUAGUCUUCAUGUAUUUUUCUGCCCAAUGCAGCUGUUUCUGCUUGUGAGCAUUGGUUAGCGGUGGCCGAAUAGAAGGUUUAUGCACAGUUGCAAGGCUAUGGAGGACGCUACACCUUGAUGUCCGUGGGACUCCAGAGGCAUCAGCAGCUUCAAAUAUCUGUUUGCUGCUAUGUAAUGGUAUUUUAGCAGCUGCUCUCUUGAUCCGAUGCAUGGAUCUGGGAGAAAUCUUCCUCAAUGUGCCUUUAUCUGCACGAACCCGUCUGUGCUCUGAAUCAGCCACAAAUCUCUUAAUAGAGCGAUGAUCACGCUUACGUUUUCGUGAAAUAUCUAAUGUUUUCAUACCUCGUCCAAGGCAUUGAACUAUUUCACUCUUUUCGGCAGCAUAUAGAUCCUUUUUCUUCCCCAUAUUGCAUGAAAAUGGUGCUCUGCUUAAUAAUGUAGAACACCCUCCUUUAGUAGUUUUUCCUUAAAUUGGGCUCACCUGGCAAUUUAAUUUUCACAGGUGUCCGAGAUUGUUUUCAGUGAUCAAAAGAGCCCUGAGACACAAUGCCAUCCAUUAGUUAAACUGAGAAACAAAAUAUUUAAUCUUUGUGACACUUAAAUAGAAUUUGCAUAAUAAUUUGGAACAGGGGUAUACACAUGGUCAUACUCAGAGUCUCUAAAACAGUUCUUCCCACAUACUCCCAUUUGUAAAUAUGGAGGUCAUAGGCAAAUUCUCACAUACAUACAGAUGGUCAUAGCCACACUCUCCUGUACAUACAAUCAGGAAGUCAUAGCCACACUUUUCCAUCCAUACAUACACAGAGGCGUUUUAGCCGCGAGGCAAACAAGGCAUUUGCCUUGGGCAGCAUUUUUCAGGGGGCGGCAAAAAACGCCGCCCCCAAAUGCCCAGGGCAAAUGCCUUGUUAGCCUUGCGGCUAACAGACAGGCCGGGCUGGGCGGUCGGCGCUGGGCGGGGGGUCGGCGAGGGAGCUCUUCCUCUGAGCGGUCCGCUCAGAUCCCUCGCGCGCUGCAGAGUGAGGCUGGGAGCCGGAAUAUGACGUCAUCUUCCAGCUCCCAGCCUCACUCUGCGGUGCGCGAGGGAGCUGAGCGGAACGCUCAGAGGAAGAGCUCCCUCGCCAGCCGCCAGCCCGCAGCCACUGGACCACCAGGGAGAUAGAAAACCCCCCCCAGCAUUCCCAAAGGAAUGUGUGUGUGUUUGUUAGUGUGUCUGUUAAUGUGUGUGUGUUUGCUAGUGUGUGUGUGUGUGUCUGACUGUGUGAGUGUGUCUUCUAGUGUGUGUCUGCUAGUGAGUUAGUGUGUGUCUGACUGUGUGUGUCUGUAGUGUGUAUGCGUGUGUCUGACUGUGUGUGUGUGUGUCUGACAGUUUGUGUCUGACUGUGUGUAUGUGUGUGUCUGACUGUGUGUGUGUGUCAGUGUGUGUGUCUGACUGUCUGUUAGUGUGUGUGUCUGACUGUGUGAGUGUGUCUGCUAGUGAGUUAGUGUGUGUCUGACUGUGUGUGUCUGUAGUGUGUAUGUGUGUGUCUGACUGUGUGUGUGUGUCUGACAGUUUGUGUCUGACUGUCUGUUAGUGUGUGUGUCUGACUGUGUGUGUGUGUCUGUUAGUGUGUGUGUCUGACUGUCUGUUAGUGUGUGUGUCUGUUAGUGUGUGUGUGUGUGUCUGACAGUUUGUUUCUGUAAGUGUGUGUGUGUGCCAGUGUGUGUGUGUCUGUGUGUCUGAUAGUGUGUGUGUCUGUUAGUGUGUGUGUGUGUGUGUGUUAGUGUGUGUGUCUGUUAGAGUGUGUGUGUCUGUUAGAGUGAGUGUGUCUGUUAGUGAGUGUGUGUGUGUGUCUGACAGUUUGUGUCUGUAAGUGUGUGUGUGUGCCAGUGUGUGUGUCUGUGUGUCUGAUAGUGUGUGUGUCUGUUAGUGUGUGUGUGUGUCUGUUAAUGUGUGUGUCUGUUAGAGUGUGUGUGUGUGUCUGUUAGAGUGAGUGUGUCUGUUAGUGAGUGUGUGUGUCUGUUAGCGUGUGUAUGCGUAUCUGUCAGUGAAUGUGUGUGUACUUAGAAGGCGGGGCGGGGGGAAGGGUUGGGUGGGGCUGGCGCGGGGAGGGGGUGCCUGAGUUUUGUCCUGCCUAGGGCAGCACAAAACCAGGAUACACCACUGUACAUACAUACUUGAGUGCACAUGGACUCUCUGCUUUACAUGCAGACAGGUGAUCAUAGCACCCCUUGUGCAAACAUACCUACAUACAAACAGACAAGUGUCAAUUUCUGCAUUUCUUUGUAAGUGCACAUUGGUGGAUUGGCAAUGUCAAUGAAAUUAGAUGUGUUUUUAUGUGCAGUGUCAGCGUAAAUGUGUGUGUACAGUAUCAGUAGGGCAAUGUGAGUAUAUCUAUGUGUGCAAUGGGUGCUCACAACUGUUUCCAUAUAUUAAGUGCAUGUCCACUUAUGUACAUGUGUGUCUUAUUGUUUCACUAUUAUAACUGGUCAAUACCCCCUUCUGUCUCUCUAUAUCCCCCACACCAACUUUCUGUGUCUUUUUACCACAACCCCUUCUUUUCUAUUCCUUCAAUGUCUGUCCUACACCCCCUUCAAUGUUUCUCCUAAACACCCUCCUUCAUUGUAUGUUGCCUUCAGCCCCCUUUCAUGUAUCUAUCACACUCCUCUUCUGUGCUCUUCUACAUCACUUUCAAUGUUUCUCUUCUACACUCCUCUGCAGUGUCAUUGCUAUACACCUUUCAGUGUCUGUCUCUUCUACAUCUCUCCUACACCCCCUCCUACCUGUUCAGAGUGGGAUCGGGGCAGAGAGCAGUCAAUACUGCAAACUGAAGCUUUUUGCCAGGUGCUGCAUGAGCCAUGGAGAGUGGGGAUAUAAUAUAGCCCACAUCCCCCCUCUCAGAGCACCACAGAGAAAACAACUCUAUCACCUCUCCAGCUGUCAGGGGCAGACUCUUCCCUUUCCUCCCAGAAUCAGUAAGACCAUGGCUGCAACACAUACAGUCCUGGUCUCAGGAGAGUGCCAGGACAUUUUGUAUAUAUCUUAGCUGCCUGUCUAUUAAUGAUCAAUUUGUAAUCUACCAGUCAGCUCUCUGAGAUCCACUGGUAUAAUAUGGUCACGGCCACAAGUGACAUAGGGAAUAUGAAUAUUUUUAAUUAGAUUUGUUCCAUUAUAAAUUUAGCUUUAUGGCUCCCUUGGAUUAUUUAUAAAAAUAUAAAAGCUGAUAUUAUGUUCACCUUUAUUACAGUGCUAGGACAGACUCCUCACUGCAGACCUAUCCGCCUACGGUGAAGUCAUCAGUCCUCAUUGAGAAGCACUGCAGGCAUACGAUGAUGCAUAACAAUGGCCGUGAUCAGGCAAUCCAAAACUUCUCUAGGAGAAACAUCAGCAUGCAGUGCGAGUUGACACCAAAUGCGAAGGCCUUCAAAAAGCAAAUGAUAUGAAGGAGGAAGUAUCUCCAGUGGUUUAGAUAUUCGAGUUUUUCUUUAAUAGAAAAGAUGUUAAAAAAACGUGUAAAAUAUGGAGUUUAGCCAUGAAUAGGGAGGACAGUAGAAAGGAUUUAGAUGAGUAUGCAUGUUUAUAGACAGAGUGCACUAAAUCAGACAGAUUGUGUAUGCGCUGUACCUACUAUCAAUAACUCAAGGACAAAAGUUAGGCGGUAUGAAAUUUACACAGGUAAACUAUAGAAAUAACCACAUAGAGAGGGCAUACAAUAUCUCACAAAAGUGAGUACACCCCUCACAUUUUUGUAAAUAUUUUAUUAUAUCUUUUCAUGUGACAACAUUGAAGAAAUGACACUCUCCUACAAUGUAAAGUAGUAAGUGUACAGCCUGUAGUAAGUGUACAGCCAUCCUCUCAAAAUAAUUCAACACACAGCCAAUUAUGUUUAAACCGUUGGCAACAAAAGUGAGUACACCCAUAAGUGGAAAUGUCCAAAUUGGGCCCAAAGUGUCAAUAUUUUGUGUGGCCACCAUUAAUUCAGCACUGCCUUAACCCUAACGAGAAUGAAGUUCACCAGAGCUUCAGCGAUUGCCACUGGAGUCCUCUUCCACUCCUCCAUGACGACAUCGCAGAGCUGGUGGAUGUUAGGGACCUUGCACUCUCCCACCUUCCGUUUGAGGAUGCCCCACAGAUGCUCUAUAGCAUGGGUCGUGAACCUGGCCCCUACCGCCCGCUAGUGGGCGUUUCAGGAUUCCAGGUGGGCGGUAGGAAUUUCCUCAUUUGGAGAAAUUGGGCGGGCGGGUGCGAGCCGGCGGUACCCCUGCAUUCGGGUACCGCCAUCACCAUUUGUAUGUCUUGUGUGUGUCUUUGUAUGUAUGUCUUGUGUGUAUCUGCAUGUGUCUUUGUAUGUAUGUGUGUCUUAUGUAUGUGUCUUUGUAUGUAUGUCUUGUGUGUGUGUAUGUGUGUCUUGUCUUUGUAUGUAUGUGUUGUGUGUGUACGUGUCUUUGUAUGUAUGUGUGUCUGUAUGUAUGUGUGUCUGUGUGUAUGUUUGUAUGUAUGUGUCGUGUGGUCAGGGCCGGCCUUAGGGGUGUGCGAGCUGUGCGACCGCACAGGGCGCCAUGGAACAGGGGGCGCCCUGUGGCCGACACAGCUCACUCAUGGCCGGAGUGCAGGGGAGCUAAAAGAGGUACCUGGCUGGAGGAUUAAUUAUUCUCCACCCGGGUCUAUUAAAAAAAAAUUAAAAAAAAAUCGCGGCAGAGGGGGCGGGGUUUACCGAGCGGCGGAGGCGGGGCUUAUCGAGAGGCGGAGACGGGGCUAAUACCUCCCGAAGCCCCUGCUGUACAGGAAGAGGGAAAGAUGCUUCCCAUCAGCCAACUGCAUCCACUGGAAAGAGGUAAGUGUGUGUGUGUGACUGUUUGCCUGUUUGUGUGACUGUCUGUCUGUGUGUGUGUGUGUGUGUGUGACUGUCUGUAUGUGUGACUGCCUGCCUGUGUGCGUGUGACUGUCUGUGUGUGUGUGUGUGACUGUCUGUGUGACUGCCUGUCCUUGUGUGUGUGUGUGUGUGUGUGACUGUGUCUCUGUGUGUGUGUGUGACUGUCUCUGUGUGUGACUGCCUGCCUGUGUGUGACUGUCUGUGUGUGUGACUGUCUGUCUGUGUGACUGCCCAUGUAUGUGACUGCCUGUGUGUGUGACUGUCUGUCUGUGUGACUGCCUGUGUGUGUGAGACUGUCUGUCUGUGUGAGACUGUCUGUGUGUGUGACUGUCUGCCUGUGUGACUACCUGUGUGUGUGACUGCCUGUAUGUGACUGCCUGCCUGCCUGUGUGUGUCUGUCUGUAACUAUCUGUCUGUGUGUGACUGCCUGCCUGUGUGUGUGACUUUCUAUCUGUGUGACUGCCUGCCUGUGUGUAUAUAACUGUCUAUGUGUGUGUUACUGUGUGUCUGUCUGUGUGUGUGACUGCCUAUGUGACUGUCUGUCUGUGUGUGUCGCUGUAGCUGUGCCAUUGUUUGUGCCUGUGCCUGUAUGUGUGACUGCCUUUAACUGAGUGUGUGUGUACAUGCCUGUAACCGAGUUUAAAUUUCCCCACCCCUUCCUGUCAAGGCCGCACUUUGACUGACAGACGCUCACUCACUGACAGACGCACACUCACUGACAGACACACACUCUCAUAUACACUGACAAACAAUGACACACACACAUACACUAUUACUUGGACACACACUGACAGAUGCACACUCUCACUGACAGACGCAAGCACUCACUGAAAGAUGCACGACUCCACUGACCGACACAUACACACUGACUGACACACACUCACUGACCGACACACACUCACUGACCUACACACUCACUGACCGACACAUACACACUCACUGACCUACACACUCACUGACCGACACACACUCACUGACGACACAUACACACUCACUGACGACACAUACACACUCACUGACGACACAUACACACUCACUGACUGACACAUACACACUCACUGACGACAUAUACACACUCACUGACUGACACAUACACACUCACUGACUGACACAUAUACACUCACUGACCAACACACACAUUCACUCACAGACACACACACAUUCACUUACAGACACACACAAUUACACUUACAGACACACACACACACACACACAUUCACUUCAAAAUAAACACUCACAGACACACACACAGACAUUUCCACUAACACUCACAAGCUAAUAUUUUUUACAUUUAUUUUAAAUCCACCCAGCCUCCCUGGGAAAGCUGGAGUGGAUUUCUUACCAGCAGUCCAGUGUGGCUGCUGGGCAGGCAGGCAGGGGGCGCACAGGCUGAGUAAGCAGCGCUUAGUGAUGCCGGGAGCCGGACUGGCGUCAUAUUCUGGCUCCCGGCUUCAUUAAGCGGCGCAGAGGAAGCUGAGCAGGAAGAGCUCAGGUGAGUAUGCUCCUUCGCUGCCCGCUGCCAGCCUUGGGGGGGCUCAAAAGUGGCCAGCCGGUCAGCUCUUGAGCCCCCCAGGGUGCGAGGCAAGCAAGGGAUCUGCCUGGGGGUUUGGAGGGAUGCUUUUUUUUGCCGCCCCCUGCAAAGUGGCGCCCAAGGCAGAUGCCAUGUUUGCCUCGUGAUACACACGUCCCCGGUGCCUGUGUGUGUUACUGUAUUCAGGCAACUUGGUGGGAGGUGGGGGGGGCGCCGUGAAGACUUUUUGCACAGGGCGCCUAAUUGCCUAAGGCCGGCCCUGCGUGUGGUGUAUGUGUGCCUGUCUGUUUGUAUGUAUGUGUCAUGUGUGUGUGUGUGUGCCUGUCUGUGUUUCUGUAUGUGUCAUGUGUGUGUGCCUGUCUGUUUGUAUGUAUGUUUCUUUGUAUGUGUGUCUUGUGUGUGUGUCUGUAUGUGUGUCUUGUAUGUGUGCCUGUCUGUUAUAGUGGGCUAUAGUAAGUGGGCUACCUAGCUCAGCCUUCCUACUGGGCAUUGCUAUAAGUAAGGUUAAAAAAUAGAAAAAAGGGGGAAAAAAGGUGGGGAGGGGAAUUGAGGAGGAAGAGGAGUGGAGCUGACACACAGAUGAGAAAUCAUAUUAUGCGCAAACAGAGAAGUCGUCUGAAUAUCACCGAAAGAGGAGACCUUCGUUUGUUCCUUACGAAAAUCGAACCAGAUAUCAAAUAUUUAGUCUCGCAGCAUCAACCUCAAGGAUCUCAUUAAUCACUAGUAAAGGUAAUUUCAAUUUACUUUAUUGUUUUCUCAUUAAACUUUAUAAAGUUAAAAACAUUAUAAACAUGCAUUAAGUAGAAAUAAAAAGAUAAAUGUACGUACAUUUAUUUUUUUAAAACACCCUCCUUUCUAAUAAAUAUUCCGCACUUGCGCGAAAACUGGUGGGCGGUAAGGAAAUUUUUCCAUCAAGAAAGAUGCAUUAGUGGGCGGUAGGAAGAAAAAGGUUGACUACCACUGCUCUAUAGGGUUUAGGUCUAGAGACAUGCAUGGCCAGUCCAUCACCUUUACCUUCAGCUUCUUUAGCAAGACAGUGGUCGUCUUGGAGGUGUGUUUGGGGUUGUUAUCAUGUUGAAAUACUGCCCUGCGCUCCAGUCUCCGAAGGGAGGGGAUCAUACUCAUGCAAGCCCAGACCCCGGGCCCCACAUGUAGCAGCGGAACUGCUGCCGGUGUACUUGCACCGGGGCCCGCACGCUGAUGGGGCCCAUUGGUGGCCCGCGCACUUAGGCCCACCCUAUGGUCCCUAUAUCUUCAGGGGGCCGGUCAGCUGUGGCCGUGGUAUAGCGCGACCGGGCCCCUUUAAAAAAAAAAAAGCAGCCACAGCAAGUGCUGCUGGGAGGAAGUGGUCACUUCCUCCCAGCUCACUCCGCGCGGGAGGAGCACGCGCCCGUAAGUGAGGGAGAGCCGUGCCGACUACUCCCAUCAGCCCCAGCCACCUUCCUGCAAUGAAAAGGUAAGAAACAGGAGGGUGGCUGGAAAAUGAGCUGUGUGUAUGUAUGUCUGUAUGCAUGUCUGUCUGUAUGUAUGUCUGUCUCUGUGUAUGUCUGUAUGCAUGUAUAUAUGUCUGUAUGUAUGUCUGUAUGUCAUUAUAAAUGUAUGUAUGCAUGUAUCAAUGUAUGUCAUUAUGUAUGUCUGUCAGUCAGUAUGUAUGUAUAUAUGCCUGUAUGUCUGUAUUUAUGUAUAUAUGUCUGUCAGUAUGUCUGUCUGUAUGUAUGUAUAUAUGCCUGUAUGUCUGUCUGUAUGUAUGUAUAUAUGUCUGUAUGUCUGUCUGCAUGUAUGUAUGCCAGUAUGAAUGUAUGUCGUGAUGUCAUUAUGUAUGUCUGUAUGUCUGUCAGUAUGUAUGUAUGAAUGUAUGUCUGUAUGUACGUAUGCCAGUAUCAAUGUAUGUAUGAAUGUAUGUCUGCAUAUCAUUAUGAACGUGUCUGUGUGUAUGGAUGUCUGUAUGCAUGUAUGUCAGUAUGUAUGUAUGUCUGUAUAUAUUAUUAUGAUAUUUAUAGAGCGCCGUCAAAUUCCGCAGCGCUUUACAAUGGGUGGACGAACAGACAUGUAGUUGUAACCAGACAAGUUGGACACACAGGAACAGAGGGGUUGAGGGCCCUGCUCAAUGAGCUUACAUGCUAGAGGGAGUGGGGUAAAAUGACACAAAAAGGUAAGGCUAGUAUUAGACUAGUGACAGUUGCAGAAGAGGAAUCAGUCAGGAGCUAUUAACAGUUUAAUUGAUACGCUUUUAUGAAGAAGUGCAUGUAUGUCAGUCUGAAUGUAUGUAUUUCUGUAUGCCAUUAUGAAUGUAUGUCUGUAUGCCAUUAUGAAUGUAUGUGUGUAUGGAUGUCAGUGUCUGUAUGUCUGUCAGUAUGUGUGUAUGUAUGUCGGUGUCUGUAUGUAUGACAGUGUGUAUGUAUGUGUCUUUAUGUCCUCAUGCAUGUGUGUCUGUAUGUAUGUUAGUGUGUGUCUUUCACUAUGUAUGCUUGUGUGUCUGUAUAUGUGUGUAUGUCUCAGUAUGUGUGUCAGUAUGUAUGCCUGUAUGCGUGUAUGCCUAUUUCAGUAUGUGUGUCUGUUAGUAUGUAUCUGUGUCCUUUUGUAUCAGUGUGUGUGUUUGUGUCUGUGUGUGUAUUCCUGUGGACGGUAUUUGGAGGCGGACCCCAGACCCUGAGCUGAGUUAGGGGCCCCAAAAUUUCUGGUGGCGGCCCUGCCCAGACCAUGACACUCCCACCACCAUGCUUGACUGUAGGCAAGACACGCUUGUCUUUGUACUCCUCACCUGUUUGACACCAUCUGAACCAAAUAAGUUUAUCUUGGUCUCAUCGGACCACAGGAUAUGGUUCUAGUAAUCCAUGUCCUUAGUCUGCUUGUCUUCAGCAAACUGUUUGUGGGCUUUCUUGUACAUCAUCUUUAGAAGAGGCUUCCUUCUGGGAAGACAGCCAUGCAGACCAAUUUGAUGCAGUGUAUGCUCUGAGCACUGAUAGGCUGAAUCCCCACCCCGUCAAACUCUGCAGCAAUGCUGGCAGUACUCAUACGUCUAUUUCCCAAAGACAACCUCCAGAUAUGACGCUGAGCACGUGCACUCAACUUCUUUGGUCAACCAGGGCGAGGCCUGUUCUGAGUGGAACCUGUCCUGUGAAACAGCUGUAUGUUCUUGCCCACCGUGCUGCAGCUCAGUUUAAGAGUCUUGGCAAUCUUCUUAUAGCCAAGGCCAUCUUUCUGUAGAUCAACAAUUCUUUUUUUCAGAUCCUCAGAGAGUUCUUUGCCAUGAGGUGCCAUGUUGAACUUCCAGUGACCAAUAUGAGAGAGUGUGAGAGCGAUAACACCAAAUUUAACACAUCUGCUCCCCAUUCACACCUGAGACCUUGUAACACCGGGGAGGAAAAAUAG